AUGGUCGCAUGGGACCUCUCCAGAAUGAUGAUCUCAUCAUUGUUCGCCUCCCUCGCGCCGUGGGGUUUCCAACAGAUGCUCCUCUCCUUGACGCAUUUCUGCGAGGUGCAUGGUCCCACCUCGAUCAUCUGCUCGCAGGUCUUGCCAUUCUCCUGCUCGCAAUGCUACCCAGACAGAUCCGACUUCUCUCCCGCCGAUACCCCUGCAACUUCUCAUGACACUGUAUCUUCUCAUCUACAGAGCCCUAUUUAUGGCAAGGACUCCAGUUCAACCAAACUUAACGGAAAACUUCCCGGCAAAGCCGACUUCGAAAAAAUCGAGGACCACCCUUACUUCAUCAAGCCGCAGGCCAAUUCAGCUGAAGCCCAGCAGAGAUUGAAUCCACUCGGAGGCGCAGAAGGCGAUACCUGCGCAAGCUGUAGCUUGACAUUGCCAGAAAAUGUGAGCAAGCAGCUCCCCCCCGGCGCCCCCGGUACGCCGAAGAGCGAUGGCAAAGGGAAGAACGGAAGUCCCGUUUUGCGCUCCAGAGAGGUCGUCUAUUCUUGCGGCUCAAGCCACUCCGAAACUGAAGACGGCGUACACGACCCGCAUGUACACGCCUCCUACCCCGAGUCUUUACAUUCCUCCUCGGUUGCAUCCGAUGCCUCUUGCCACACACAUAUUCUCACCUAUCUCUCGCUACGAGGCCCUCCAAAUCCAGCAGAUUAUGCUCUUCUCCGACGUUCUUCUAUUCGAACCCUGAGCUGUGAACUCCUCCCACAAGGUGCUUCUUCCGGUCCCUUAUGCUUUGGCGACUCCUCUGCAGGGUAUACGGUCGCAUUUGUCUUUCGCCUUCCGGAUCCGAUGGCACGCGGGAAACGACGCAGCUAUGCAUUGGUUGCACUGGCCGGCAAAGACACUGGAAGGGCGUUCCGUGCUUGUCCGGUGAUAUGGCGCGCUUUCGGCCGAAUCUCGGCGGGAAUCGUCAAAUCGGCUGAGAAAUAUCAGGAGGAAGAAAAGCGCCGUGAAGAGCAGAAUAGAGGACCCGAUCGAACGAACAAUAGACAGUACACCCCAGUCUCUUCCUUCCUCACCGGCCGCGCCCUUGAUCCAGAUGGUCAGCUUCGCCGCCCUGGCCAGGUGAAGGCAAGAAAUCUCAGCGAGAUCGUGGGCAACCAGUACAUCUUUGCAGAAAUCCACGCAAACUUUGUCGCUCUCUUGCAACAGCUAGGCUCGAUGUUCGGAGCCGACCCCAUUUCCGAAGAACGAUUCGUUUGUAGUACGAUACGUGACGGCGAGGACACGCGACGGUCUUCAGUCGUGAGUGGCAAUAAACCAAAGGCGUCGCAGAAAUACGAAGAUAGCGACCUUGGGAUGUCUACACUUGAUAUAUCUUCGGGUCCCAAACCUAUCCCCAUCGCACCACGCCGAUCAGUUGUCGCAUAA